AUGACCAGCGGUAAUCCAAUUUUGCCGUCAGAGCCACUGGCACUCCAGCCCACUUUGCUUGCCGCCGCAGUGGUCGCCGAGGAGACUAGCGGCAGGGGCACGCGCAGCAAUAGCCGCGCACGUAAGCGCUCGGACAGACGGCAGUUUGGACGCAGCGAGUCGCCCAACUACACGGCCAGUCCGCGCAGAACGCACGAACACUCGGAGCAUACACGGAAUGGCGCUGGCUGGGAGCGUAGCGAGCACGCGUACUAUGCACCUAGGCACAGCAGGAGUCAAAAGGAGCCACGGCCGUCGCGUGUGCUGGGCAUUUUCGGCAUGAGCAAGUUUACGACCGAGCAUAAUCUGCACGAGAUCUUUGGCCAGUUUGGGCGGGUCGACAAGGUCCAGGUCAUCAAGGACCCACACGACAACCGGUCGCGCGGCUUUGCGUUUGUAAAUAUGGCAGGGUUCGAGGAUGCCAUGCGCGCGCGCAAUGCCCUGGACGGCACGCUUCUGCACGAGCGGCGGGUGCGCGUCGACUAUUCGUUCACCAGCCGCGCCCACUCGCCGACGCCCGGGCGCUACAAGGGCCAGGAGACGUGGCGGAUCCGCCGCCGGAACAGCCGCGACCGCCGGCGCCCCACCCGCCGGUAUAUGCGCAGCCGGUCACGGGACAUGCAGAGACGCCCCCACCGCAGCCGCUCGCCCUACCGCAACGGCAGGAGCCGCGACCACGACCGCAGCGGGCAUAACCGUGGGCUGAGCAGAGACCACGGACUGAGCAGGGACCGCGGGCUGAGCAGAGACCGUCGGGCGUUGCGUAAUCCGCAGUAA